GGGCUGUUUGUGCAGUUCCUCGUAAUCUGCAGCGAGGGAGCAUCACGCAGCAUGACCUCACAGCGAUGGAUACUGGCGGUCUGCUUUUCACUGGCCUCAGUUUUAGGGACAGGUGAAUCGGUCACACCGACAGAAACUCAGAAAAACACUUGCAGGACAUUUGGCAGCGGGGUCGUCCAGCCUUUCAACGGUUCAAGUUUCUAUGUGAGGUCCAACUGCCCGUUCACCCUCACCCGCUUCACCCACAACCGGGUGGAAUGUGACAUCACCACACGGCGAGGUGACAGUGGGCUGCUGGUCCAAGUCGAGAUCAUCAUCAACAAAAUCAGGACUGUUCUGAAGAAUGGAAGCAUCCUGGUGGAGAAGAAAAGUGUUUCCCUUCCAUACGACCACACCUACCAGCAUAUUUUUCACUACGGCAUCUACACUAAACUGAGGAGCUUGCUGCUUCCUCUGUCGAUCACCUGGCACAAUGUACCUGGGGGAAUAGACACUGUUUGGGUGGAGCUGGAGCAGGAGCUGAGCACCGACAUGACCGGACUGUGUGGGAAACACAACGUCCAAGGCAACAAGCAGCAGUUGAUCACGGAGAGCGUGCUUGCUGAGGACACAUGUCAAACCCGAGAUCCUGUCUCCACUAGGAAUCAAGUAUGCAGGCAGUUCUUUUCCUAUGCCAUGGAUUGUCUGCAAGCCAGGACGCCUCAUUAUAUCCAACUCUGUGAAGAGAACAUUUACAGCUAUGAAAGCAAAUACAUCAGCUGUGCUUUCUUCAAAGAAGUUGUCCAGCAGUGUGGAAACAGCAGCUAUGUCUGGAAAACAUGGAGAUCUGUAACCACAUGUGCCCCACAGAUUUGUCCCGGAGUGCUGGUUUAUGUAGAUCAAGGUCCAGCCUUUGUUCCCAGCUGCUCCAACCCGAACCCCACAUUCUCCAACCAGGAUCUCACCAGCUCCUGUGUCUGCCCUCCUGGUAAGGUGCUUAAUGAUCACGCACAUGGCUUCCAAUGUGUGAGUGUGUCCAACUGCCCCUGUGUGUUUGCUGGCAAGAGCUACUCAACUGGAGACGUACGCAGCACCAAGUGUCAGUCAUGUAUGUGUGAGAGUGGGAAAUGGCGAUGCUCUGAAAACUUCUGCCCCGCCAGAUGUCGCAUUGAAGGGCAGUUUGUGACAACAUAUGAUGGCAAACAAUAUGUCAUCCCUGGUAAAUGUGCAUAUGUGGCCUCACAGGGUCUCAACUGGGUACUAAAAAUUGAGUUUUCUGAGAAGGCACCCUCUCUGAAAACCGUCGUUCUUCAGCUUUUUCAGGAAACAUAUGCAUUGUAUACCUUCUCACCCAACAUGGUUACAUUCGGAGAGGAGGAGAUCACUGAACUUCAUCAGUCUGAUCACGCUCUGGUUUUUUGGCAGUCCUCCAUGUAUGUCCAGGUCCACACAUCAUUUGGUUUGAAGAUCCAAGUCCAGAUGUCUCCUGAAAUCCAGAUGUACAUCACCCCACCCAGAAACCACACUGGCAUGAUCUCAGGUCUUUGUGGCAACAGCAACAAUGACACCACAGACGACUUCACCACCAGCAGCGGGAUCAUCGAGAACUCAGCUCAACCUUUUGCUCUGUCCUGGAGUGUGGGUGCUUGUGUACCGGACAUCAACCCCUGCAUCGACACAAACAAUGAAAUAUUUGCUGAUGAAAAGUGCUCAGUGUUGAACAACCCAACUGGCAUAUUUGCUAAGUGCCAUGGUCAUAUCCCAACUGAUCAUUACCACAUGGCUUGCAUCCAAAGAACAUGUAACUGUGGCAGCAGUCUGCAGCAGUGCCUGUGUGUUGCUCUGGGCAGCUACGCCGAAGCCUGCGCCAGUCUGGGUGUUGAAAUUGGUGACUGGAGGAAAGCUACCGACUGCACUGUGAAAUGUGAGAAGAACCAAGAAUUCUCCUACAACAUGCAAGCCUGCAACCAUACAUGCCGUUCUCUGUCUGGCCCUGACCCUCGCUGUGGGCUGGACGAUGUGCCUGUGGAGGGCUGUGGCUGUCCGGAGGGAACUCACCUGAACCAAGGACACAUCUGUACCUCAAAGACAGAGUGCGUUUGUCACCACAAAAGCGGUACAACGCCACCAGGGUCUGUUGUUAUCGAUGGACGAAAGUGCUUCUGUGAGAAUGGAGAACUGAACUGUUCUAAGGACUGUGGGUGCAGAAAUGGGAAGGUUUGCGUUCAUUGCUCAGAGAAUCCAGUUAACACUGCUCAGAAAACCUGUGACAGUCUCAGCAAACCAAUGGGCGCUAAUAGGACCUGCGAGAGUGGCUGUUACUGCCCACAUGACCAGUAUGAGGAUCACCGUGGAAACUGUGUUUCUCUGGACAGCUGCACCUGUGUGUAUAGUGGCAAAGUAUUUGGUGCAGGACAGCAUGUCAAAACCAACUGCAAAACAUGUGUCUGUGGUCAGGGUCAGUGGCACUGCAGAGAUGAGCCUUGUUCUGGGAAGUGUCAAGUUUACGGAAACGGACACUACCAGACCUUUGACUCCAAGUGGUUCCGCUUCGAUGGACACUGUCAGUACACACUUGUAGAGGAUGACUGUGGAACUAGAAAAGGCACCUUCUCUGUCAGAGUGGAGCGUGUACCCUGCUGUGAUGAGGCGCUCACCUGCUCUCGCUCUAUCAUCCUCGACCUGCAGGGCAUAGUCACCCUGACACUGAGUGACAUGAGGGUGACCAGGCGCUACCAUGACGACUGGACUCUGCAGAAAGAUGCACUUUACUCCACACACACUGUCGGACUCUACUACAUAAUCUCAGUGCCAAGCAGAGGGAUAACUCUCAUCUGGGACAAACACACCCGCAUCACCAUAGAGCUGCAGGCAAACUGGAGGAACCAAGUGUGUGGCCUCUGUGGGAAUUUUGACUCCAAUGAGAUGAAUGACCUACAGAUAAGUGGCUCAGCAGUGGUGUCCAGUCCCAUGGUUUUUGGCAACAGCUGGAAAGCCGCCACACCUCCUUGCUCUGAUGUGACCACUGAGAUAUUUCCAUGCGAACGCAACUCCUACUGCUCAGCCUGGGCCCAGCGGCGCUGUAUGAUCCUUACAGGAGACACAUUCAAAGAUUGCCAUUUAAAAGUGGAUCCAGAGCCCUACUACCAUGCCUGUGUGCAGGAGUCCUGCUCCUGUGAGUUUGAAGGGAAGUUCCUGGGUUUCUGCACAGCUGUGGCAGCCUACGCAGAGGCCUGCAGUGACCAGGAUGUGUGUGUAAACUGGAGAACACCUGAUUUGUGUCCGGUCUACUGUGACUACUACAACGAGCAGGGCCAGUGUAGCUGGCACUAUGAAGCCUGUGGUGAGAUGCUAACCUGCAGUGAAGGCAAAUACUUUCCUCACAAGCUGGAAGGCUGCUACCCCAGAUGUUCAAAGGAGGCGCCAUACUAUGAUGAAAAUACUGGUGAAUGCACCACAUUGAGAAACUGCACCUGUUAUUUUAAUGACACUAUCAUUCAGCCUGGGGUAGUCCUGCUGAGUCAAACUACUGAGUGUCGCUGUGAAAAUGGAACAAUUAAGUGUUCAACUUCACCCACAACUACUACUUCAUAUACUCCCACCACAACUGUCUCAACUACCGCUGAAACAACUGUGCUUUCCACUACCACCACACCAACAACAACUGCCUUAACUACGGCUGAAACAUGGUCAACAACACCCCCCAUCACCUCUACACCAAUGCCGACCAUUACCAAUGUCUCAACUACUACAGAAAAUUGGUCAACUGCGUUUUCUUCCACCACUACACCAACAACUACAACUGCCUUAACUACGGCUGAAACAUGGUCAACAACGCCCCCCAUCACCUCUACACCAAUGACGACUAUUACCAAUGUCUCAACUACUAUAGGAAAUUGGUCAACUGCGUUUUCUUCCGCCACUAUACCAACAACUACAACUGCCUUAACUACGGCUGAAACAUGGUCAACAACGCCCCCCAUCACCUCUACACCAAUGACGACUAUUACCAAUGUCUCAACUACUAUAGGAAAUUGGUCAACUGCGUUUUCUUCCGCCACUUUACCAACAACUACAACUGCCUUAACUACAGCUGAAACAUGGUCAACAACGCCCCCCAUCACCUCUACACCAAUGACGACUAUUACCAAUGUCUCAACUACUAUAGGAAAUUGGACCACAACAGCAAUCACUACUAGCUCACCCACCACAUCAUCUACAACUAGUACCACUCCUUCAAUGACAACUGCUACAACACAGCUUACAGCGAUAACAAAUAGCACUGAAUCUACCACAGUACAAACAGCCACAACAGAGUUACCUACAUCUGAAUCUCCUGGUACUGUGCUUACCACAUCAUUCACCAACGUUUCAACAGCAUGGACAACAGUAUCAAAGCCCACAGAGACAAUAUCAACAGAUAUCACAACUCAACCAACAACAACGCAAAGAGAGACAACAGCAAUAACACUUCAAUCAACAACCACCUUUGCAACCAAUGCUACACCUACUGAAGUCUCAGGUCCGACUGAAGUAACCAUCACAGAAGCUUCCACUGAACUUACCACUUCUAUACAUUCAACCACUCAACCUACUGCCACCUCCUCAGAAGCAACAACGUCUCAUGGAGCUAAAUCUACAGCAGCAACAUAUACCACAGAGGUGUCCACAAGUGAAGGAUUUACCAAUGCAAAAGCUACGACUGAACUGACAACCCCAGAAGAAUCAGGCACAACAAUGACAACGACAGAAAAAACAUACCACACUUCAGUAGUCACCACCCCAACAGUGACUACAUUCACAAAUGUCAGUGCAGAGCCAACGGGAUCAACAACAAGCACCACAACUCAUAACUGUGAGUGUAAAGACCUGAAGAGAGAAAAAAGCUGGGUUUGCGGUGAGACGUGGACAGAGGACUGCUUCAAUAAAACCUGUACAAAUGAGAGGAUAGAGUUGACUACAGUGGUUUGUCCAAAACCUACAAUUCCCAUCUGCCCCAGACAACAAUUCACAAAAGUGUCGGAUGGAUGCUGUGAAACAUGGAAGUGUGACUGUCGCUGUGAGCUAUAUGGGGACCCCCACUACAUCUCUUUCCAAGGUGUAAACUUUGAUUUCCUGGACGAAUGCACCUACAUUCUGGUGGAGGAGCGGUCCCCACUUCAUAAUCUGACCAUUGCUGUGGACAACUUCUACUGUGUGCCAGGCCUUGAAGGCUCCUGUGCUAAAGGCAUCAUCCUGAAUUAUCAGAACAAUAUAGCUACACUCAGUAUCAUUCCACAUUUGUUUGCAGUACAGGCCACUCUGAACAACGUGACCAUAGAACCACCGUAUGAGAAGCAUGGGUGGAGGUUUGAGACCACGGGAUACAUAGUGUCAAUCUACCUUCCAGAGAUUCGCUCUUAUGUCUCCCUCAGUCCGUCUUAUACCCUGGUGGUCAGUCUGGCCAUGGAGCACUUCCUCAACAACACCCAAGGACAAUGUGGUGUAUGUGGCGUUGGAUCAUGUAUCCGUAAAGGAGGGCAGAUCGAGGACGACAGCUGCUGUGAUAAGACAGCCUAUGACUGGGUGUACCCCAACCCGCUGAAGCCAGCCUGUGAUUCUGCACCAAGGGACGUACCUUGUCACCCAGGGCCCACUCCAGUACCCACUAACACACCCACUCUCACCACCACCUGCCCUGCAAGCCAACUAUGUGAGCUGCUACACCACCCAGUCUUUUUAAAUUGCAGCAGGUAUGUGAAUCUGAUCCUUAAAAAGAAGAACUGUGAGUUUGAUUCAUGCAGGAGUGGCCCUUGCUCUUCACUAGAGCAAGCUGCUGAGGAAUGCAGGAAUGCUGGUUUCUGUAUUGACUGGAGACCACUGACUAAAGGAAGCUGUGGUGUGACAUGUCCAGAAGGAUUGGUUUACAGAGAAUGCCAUGACAAGCUUGAUGACGUCUGCCAUGGAGGAGUGCAUUAUCCAGGAGCCUCCCUCAAGAAGAACAGUAAAGGCUGUUUUUGUCCCAGCGGGCAGUUAAGGGCAGGACUUCACUCAAACAUUUGUGUGUCUGACUGUCCCUAUUGUAAAGGACCACUUGGUGAGCCCAGACUGCUUGGUGAGGUGUGGCAGUCCGGCUGUCACCUGUGUAAAUGUAACAACCAGACUCGGACAGAGGAGUGUUCUCUUAAACCUCGUGAGCCAGCUCCUACCUGUAGCCCCAGUACUGUAUUGGUAAACACGUCUUGCUGUGGUGAUGCGACAUGUGUUGAGAAGACAUGCAGUUAUCAUGAAAAAACAUACAAGGUGGGAGACAGAUGGAAGGAUACCGCCCAUCCCUGCAUGUCAUUCAGUUGCAGCAAAGAGGGUAUUCAGACUGAGACUACAGUCUGUCCCAAAGAAAACUGUCAGGAGGAGGACAGAAUUUGGGAUGACCAACACUGCUGCUUUACAUGUAACCAGAGCUGUGCUCCGAAGGUGACUAAUAUUAGCAUCACCGUGGACAACUGUACCACCACCAUGCAGAUCCCUGUGUGUCAAGGCCAGUGCGUGUCUGAGCCCAGGCUCGUGUUACACGGUGACCUGCAGGUGGAGCAAAAGCACCGAUGCUGUCAGGAGCGGCGCUCUGAGAGGAGAUCUGUGACCCUGCAGUGCUUCGACCUCACUACCAGACGCCACUUUUACAAGCAUAUCACCAGCUGUGAGUGCAGAACCUGUGGAAUACUGCACUGAAAAGCUCAGACCGCAGCCAAGAAUAAACAAUUUUGUAAUGUAUCCAUUAGAUUUCCAAAUCAAAAUCUAAUGUAUUCAAAUUCAAUAGAUUAUUAAUCACAACCAGAAUCAGAAUCAGGUUUAUUGCCUUUGCAUAACAAUAAACAUAGUAAGAGAAAAGAAAAACAGCUAAUUCAUUUUAAAUUUACAAAAAUAUGAAAAAUAUAUAAAAAGUAUGUAAAAUAUGUUUUAAAAUGAAAAGAGCUCUACAGUGUUUAUAACAAAGAGGAUGGAUGCAAAAUAUUGACUCAUUCAACGUCUUUUUUGUUCUUUAUUUAAAGCAAUUACUGAAUCUGUUUUCUGUCAAAUAAAGUGAAUCAUUUACUAAUCUCCAA